CUCACACACACACACACACACACACACACACACACACACUCACACACACACAUAUGUCUGAUCUGUAGUUCAGUGUUGGUACUCGUCCGUCCUCGCUCCUUUGACUCCUGCAGACUGAACAGACUGAUAAACCUCCUCUCUACAGUCAGAGUCGCUCUCUUCCUCAUCGUACCUGUAAACAGUUCGUAAACAGUUCGUAAACAGUCCAGUCGGUCCAGUCUACCUCAGGGGCUCUUCUUCAGGUUUAUCUCCUCACACAGCGCCAAUAAAUCAAGUCCCUGCAGAGUCACUUCCUGUUUCCUACGGCGAGCCUCCUCGAGGACUUGUUUCCUCCUCCCUAAGGCCUGUUUGAACCGUCACCCUCCAGGAAACACUGGAGUCAUUAAAACACAAACGGAGAUUAACGAUCAUCUCGACGACACUCGAACCCUGUUACUGUAACAGACCGAGAGAGUGACGUCAUUUUAUUACUCUGAGAAAGGACCGAGAGAGGAACGAGCUCAUUGGUCCUGACGGCUGUAAACACGGCGAGGAGAGAAACAGAGUUUUUUUUAAUGUUACAACAGACAAAAAACAUAAAACAGAUAAAAUGGAGGUCAAAGAGUCAUUAUAAUAAUAUUAAUAAUAAUAAUAAUAAUAAUAAUAGUAAUCAAUCAAUCAAUCAAUCAAUCAAUCAAUCAAUCAAUGAAUAAAUACAAAAAAAAAUAAAAAUAAAGAUAAGACCAGCAGGUCAGUUGCCAAGAUUAUUAAUAAUUAAAGAUUAUUAAAACAUCUGUCGACCAAAACGAUCUUGUUUUAUUGUCACUUAUCGUAACUAAAAUAAUCUGAUCUUGUUUAUUUAAUCUCAUCUAACCCCACUUUAAUCUGAUCUCCAGUUUCUCAUUUCAUCUCCAGUAACUCUGCCCAAUCAGAGCGAACUUCAUCGAUGUCAUCUAAUCUAAUCUAAUCUACUCUAAUCUAAUCUAAUCUGGUUAAUUUUUCUCAUAUCAUCUCGUCAUAAUCUCAUAUCAUCAGAUCUCAUCCCAGACAAGAUCAUCUUUUCUCUUGUCAUUUGAGUUCAUUACAUCUCAGUCAUCUUGUUUUUAUUUUAUGUCACCUGCUGUUUUCUCAUCAGAUUUAAUCUCAUAAAACAUUUUUAUACCUCGUCUCAUAAAAUCACGUCUUUGAUCGUCUUUUUUUCACCUUUUCUCAUCAGAUUAUCUUCAGUUUUCUUCUUUUCACGUCUCAUUUGAUCUUGUUUUGUUCUUCAUGAUGUUUCACAUCAUUUUAUCUCGUCUAAACUCACUUCAGCCUCUCAUGUCUCUGUGUUUUGUUUUAUUUCAUGUUGUUUGACCUCCUCCUCCUCCUCCUCAUCCUCCAGAUUUUGACAUCUGAGGAGUGAGAGGGUGAGGCUCAUUACUGCACCGAGUUCUACAUACUUCAGAUAAACACAGAGGUCCUCCACCCGACCCCCCACACCCACACCCACACCCACAGACACCAUGACACCACCCACAGCUGCUGAGUUCGUUUCCUCUGAUCUGCAGGAAACACUCGUCCCUGUUUCCAGUGAAAGUCUGAAGUGAUGACUUCUGGGAAAUUCCAGCGUGAAGUCCAGUCUUUGUGUCGGCGCUUUGACGGGGUCUGUGUGAGGUCCAGUUUCUGUUUCCCUGAAAUACAGGAUUAGACGGUCGGAGGUGGUCCGGGUUCUUCUCUGACUCAGAUUCACUCGUUCAUAUCUGUUCACCCCUGCAGAGAAAAACCACGCUGCAGAAACAGGAAAACCUCUUUAUUUCUGACGUUUAAAGGAUUAAAAAACAACUAUUUUAUAAUUUAUCAAAGUCACAUUUACCUGAUUAUUUACAGAAACAUCUCCUCUCUGAACGAUGGGAGCUAAAUUAAACAUUAAAACACAAUAAUAUUGAUUAUUAUCUAUAAUAACAAUAUGAUUGUUGACAAUAAUAUUGAUUAUUAUCUAUAAUAAUAAAAUAGGAAAGGUCUUCGGUUGUUUUAUAUCGUAUAUUUGUCUGCAGAGAAAGUUUGAACAUGAUAUUUUCACCUGUAACUGUCACAACAGUGAGGUUUUCCUUUAAACGAGCACGAAUAAGAUCAGCAUCGACUGCUUUGUCCACAGGGGGCGCCAAAAUCAACAUGAACCCAGAGUUCCUUACAGGAGCUUUAAUGAGUGAGUUUACCACCAAACGGAGUUUAGCUGCAGAGACAUGAGACGUACGUCCCUGCGGCGGAGAAGACGGGCGUCUCUGAUCAUGAACUGUCUGUGAGACACGAUCAAUAAUCAAUAAUCAUCAAUAAUAAAGGGAUGAUUAGAGUUUAACGAGUUUAAAGACAGUCAGUGUUCAGCCUGAAGGAGAGGAGCUGUCAUCCCAACAGAGGGUGUGUGUGUGUGUGUGUGUGUGUGUGUGUGUGUGUGUGUGUGUGUGGGUGUGUGUGUGUGGUCAGACUCCUCCCCUUCCUUCUCUUCCUUCCUCAGCCUGAAAUAAUUUCUUGGAAACUGAAAGUCACGUGAUUUAUGUGAAGAGGAGGAAACAUGACGCACCUCUUUAAUCGAGAAUAGAAUAUUUCUUAAUUGAUCGCUCAGAGGGGAAGUUUUUUCUGUCAGCAUCACAGAAAAAGUGCAAAACUGCAGUUAUAGAAAUAAAGAUCGUAUAUUAAGAACUUAAAUAAAUGUAAUAAUUAAGAAAAAAAUAGAAAAAUAAAAAACUAAAUACAAACAAUUUAAGAACCAGAAAGAAAGAGUUGUUGUGAGUUCAAUUUUUAUUACAGCUCUUUGUCUUAUUGCAGAGGGGAGGAAUGACAUCUCAUCUUAUCUCUACUGUAAAAAACAAUCAAUCAAUCAAUCAAUCAAUCAAUCAGUCAGUCAGUCAAGUGUCAAAGAACAACUAUGUCACGGUGUGUUUCUUAUCCCUCUGACUCUGCAGGGAAAGCUGUUGGAGACGAUCCAGUGAAGAACUUUCUUCAUCUGAGGUGGACAGUGACACCUGCAGGUCAUAAAGGGUUACUACAGAGGGAGCUGCACUAACAUAGUUUGUCCUGAGGGGGGAGCUAGAGAGUUAAAGUGAAGAGGCACAGAAGGAGGAGAAGAUGAGGAGAGUCGAAGGUAAGGAAGGAUAGGAGGAGGUAUUCAAGGAAGGAUGGAGGUGAUGGGAAGGAGAGAAAAAAGGAGCUGUAGGAGAGGAGGAGCAGGAGGAGGUGAUGGUGGAGGAGGAGGAGAAGUCCAACAGGACGAGGAAGUGAAGUUUGGGGUUUUAGUGGGAUCCUGCAGAGUUGAUGUUGACCAGCAGGGGGCAGCAGAGGCAGUUUGACUCUGACCAUCGGCUUCAGAAAGAAUUUACCAUCAGUGUUCAAAUGUGAACAUCAACGUUCGCUCACGCAGUCUCUCACAGAGGGGUGAACGAGUGAAAUAUUCUUCAAUAAAACAACAACAAGUUUCCUGACGGAGGAUCGAAUAAAAGACUUUAAAGAAGCUGAAAGAUCUCGAGUCUCUGAGUCCACACACACACACACACACACACACACACACACACACAUUCCUGAGCUGGUUGUGAGCAGCUUGCUGUGUGUUGAUGUUAUUCAGCCAAUCAGAAACAGUUACAGACGUCCCGUAAGGAGUCCAGCUGUUUUCCCAUUUUCGGUCAAAGUCCAGGCAGUGUGUGUGUGUGUGUGUGUGUGUGUGUGUGUGUGUGUGUGUGUGUGUGUGUAGGAGAGAGAGAGAGUGAAUGAAUGAAUGAAUGAAUGAAUGUGAAGCAGGUGAACCUCUUAAUCCUGUGGAGACGGUAAAACUAAAACACAAUUAAAUCACUUAAUUUCAUUAAAUAAGAUCAAAAAUAAUACAAAGAAAAUAAAAAAUAAGAUUUUAUAAAAAUAUUAUUAAAAUAUAAAAUAAAAUAAAAAUUACAGAAAUUUUAUUCAUUUAAAUCUAAAAAAUAGAAUAAAACUAAAAAUAAAUAACAUCAAAUAAAAUUCAAUCAGAGAUAUUGAUAUAAAAUUUCUAAGUUAAUAAAUAAAGACUUUGAGAUUAAAUUAAAUAAGCUGAAAUAAUAUAAAAUAAUUCAGUUGGAGAUUUUUUUUAUCAUCCUCUACUAUGACAUUCUAAUCCUACUUUACUAUGUAGUUUUUACCAACACUAUGAUUUUUUAUAAAACCAUACUGUGAUAUUUUUAAACAUACUAUACUACGACAUGUUUAUCAUACUGUGUUAUCAUAUUUUUAUCUUCUUAUUCUAUGAGUUUUCAACAAACAAUACUAUGAUAUUUUAUAAAAACUACCAUGUGACAUUUUUACCCUAAAAUCUAAAAUUUUGGUCAUAGUAUACUAUGACGUUUCUUUUUUUUCGGACUAAAAUAUGAUUUUUUUUUCCUUCUGAAGUAUGACAUUUUUAACAUCCUAUACUACAGAAUUUUGAUCAGACAAUACUAGGGCAUGUUUUUUCAACCUAAAAUGUUUUAAAAAAUUUAACCCUAAAAUCUUAAAUUUUGGUCAUAGUAUACUAUGUUGUUCUUUUUUUUCGGACUAAAAUAUGAUUUUUUCUUAUCAACUAAAAUAUGACAUUUUUAACACCCUAUACCACGGCAUUUUGAUCAGACAAUACUAUGGCAGAUUUUUUCAUUCUAAGAACGGAAUUUUCAUUUUCACUUUAAAAUCUAAAAUUUUGGUCAUAGUAUACUAUGUCGUUUUUUUUUUUUCGGACAAAAAAUAUUAUUUUUUUUCCUUUUAAAAAAUGACAUUUCUAACAUCCUAAUCUACGGCAUUUUGAUCGGACUAUACUGUGGCAGUUUUUUUCAUCCAAAAAUCUGAAAUUUUGUUUUCACUCUAAAAUCUAAAAUUUUGGUCAUAGUAUACUAUGACGUUUUUUUUUUUCAAACAAAUUUUUUUUUUUCCUUCUGAAAUAUGACAUUUUUAACAUUCUUAUUUAUUGCAUUUUGAUCAGACUGUCCUUUGGCAUGUUUUUUCAACCUAAAUUCUGAAAUUUUGUUUUCACUCUAAAAUCAAAAAUUUUGGUCAUAGUAUACUAUGACGUUUUUUUUCAGACUAAAAUAUAAUUUUGUCUUUCCCACUUAAAUAUGACAUUUUUAACUUUCUAUACUAAGGCAUUUUGAUCAGACAAUACUGAGGCAGAUUUUUUCAUCCAAAAAUCUGAAAUUUUUUUUUCACACUAAAAUCUGAAAUUUUGGUCCCAGUAUACUAUGACGUUUUUUUUUCAGACUAAAAUAUGAUUUUUUCUUAUCAACUAAAAUAUGACAUUUUUAACACCCUAUUCUAUGGCAUUUUGAUCAGACAAUACUAUGGCAGAUUUUUUCAUUCUAAAGACGGAAUUUCAUUUUCACUUUAAAAUCUAAAAUUUUGGUCAUAGUAUACUAUGACAUUUUUUUUUCAGACUAAAAUCUGAAUUUUUUUUCUUUGGGCUAAAAUAUGACAUUUUUAACAUCUUAUGCUACGGCAUUUUGAUCAGACAGUAAUGUGGCAUGUUUUUUCAUCCUAAAUUCGGAAAUUUUUUUCACUCUAAAAUCUGAAAUUUUGGUCAAAGUAUACUAUGACAUUUUUUUUUUCAAACUAAAUUUUUUUUUUUCCUUCUGAAAUAUGACAUUUUUAACAUCCUUAUUUAUUGCAUUUUGAUCAGACAAUACUAGGGCAUGUUUUUUCAUCCUGAAUUCAGAAAUUUUCUAAAAUCUGAAAUUUUGGUCAUAGUAUACUAUGACGUUUUUUUUUUUUUGGACUAAAAUAUGAUUUUUUUUUUUCGCAGCUUAAUUAAUUUUCUUUUUUAACAUCCUAUACUACGACAUUUUUUCACACAAAAUAUGAAAAAAAAUUUUCACACUAAAAUGUAAAAUCUUUUACAUCCUAUACUAAGACAUUUUUAUCAUACUAUACAAUGAGAUUUUUUCAACAUUGUAUACUAUACCAUUCUUAACAUACUAAAAUUUGUAAAUAUAAUCUUACAACACUAAAUUAUUUUUUUAACAUACUCUACUAGACAUUUUCUUCACCCUGUGACUUUUUUCUUACUAAAGUGUAAAAUAUUCAUCAUUUCUAUAUUUUUUGCAUACUAUACUAUGAUAUUUUGAUUAUACUAUGACAGUUUGUUAUUCCUAAUUAUGAUUUUUUUUAACAUACUAUACUAUGGCAUCAUUCUAUACUAUCAUAUUUUAUCAAACAAUACUUUUGUAACACAAAACAGUUUUUAAACAUAACAUUCGUUGGUUUUUUUCAUAUUAUACUGUAACAUUUUAAUCAUACUAUACUAUGAUAUUUGAAGUUACUAGAGAAUAUUUUAAUAAAAGGUCGCCAUGACUUUAUUUCAUUCAAUAAUAUGAUAUUUUUGACAUAAUUUAUUUUGAUAUUCUUAACAGACUAUGAUAUCACAUUUCGUUUUACUAAACUAUGAUUUUUUUAACAUGAUAUAAUAUGAUAUUAUAAUAUUUUAUAAACAUACUAUAAUGUGACAAUUUUACACUAUAAUAUGAUAUUUUAUCUUAACCAUGACAUUUUAUUGUAGCAUAAUAUACUAAUUUAUCAUCCUUAACUUUAAUUUUUGUAAACAUUCUAUACUUUGACAUUCUUAAAUACUAAAAGCACAUUUAUCUAAAAACAUUUAAAGCGCUGUUAAAAGAACAUUUUAAAAUCACAUUUAAAAACACAUUUGAAGCCGAUUGUCUGAUUAGAUUUAAAGCAGAGUUUGUUUUUCAUCUCUGACACGUUCACCCUCACUCACACACAGCAGCCUCAGUUUACUCCAGCAGAUUCAGACGUUCACCAAGAACAGAGAAAGUAUUUGAGGAAUCUGGCAGCAGAGAAGGUUCAGAAACGUUUAUGACUGAAGGAGAAGAAGAAGAAGAAGAAGAAGAAGAAGAAGGAGAAGAAGAAGAACCUGCAGCAGAAGUGAAGAGAGCGACAGCUGCUGCUCAUGUCUGCAUGGAGAGGCCCAGGAUGAGCUCAGAGUGAGUGUGUUCAGUCAAACAGAGAGUAAAUAAGGAUCUGAAAUAAGUGAGCGUGGUAUGAAGCUAUGAAGGACGGAGAGAGGAGGAAGAGGAGGAGGAGGAGGAGGAGGAGGAGGAGGAGGAGAGGAGCACUGUACAACUAAAGAAGGACAUGGUGAAGGACAGCAGAGAGAAAUACUACUGUACACAGAGAGUGAGGAGACCCUCUGAUUCUGCAGACUGACCACACCCACCCUGUUUCCUCUCCUUACAUGAGACCAGGAGGAGGAGGAGGAGGAGGAGGAGGAGGAGGAGGCUCUUAUUUACCCACAGCCUUCCUUUUUUGGACUCAAAGACGCAGACCGAUCUCCUACUCUCUGUUUUUUUUUUACAUUCCCUCCUCAAUUUCUCCUGCUCGGCUUUUUCUGACAUUUCUCCUCCGUGCUCCUUCUCUCUGGAGUUCCUCACAUCCAGAUUUCUAUCCAGACGUCUGAUGAAGAGGGCGGCGUCUCUGCAGCAGGAAGUUUGGUUUUCCUCGUAGUAAAGUUUCCUUUUAAGGAGAACAUGCAGAGAAAGUCCGACUGAAACCCUGAAGAGAUCUCCAUCCUGGAGAUGAUGAACUUUAGAACAAUCAGACCUCCUCGCUCUUUGACUCAGACCUGCUGCAGAUAGACAUGCAGGAGGACAUGAGGACAUGGAGAGCUGCAGGGUGGGGUGGGGGGGGACCUUCAUCACGACCAUCAAGAAUUAAACCAAAUCCUGACAGUGACCCUAAAAACCAGCUUUAAAAAAACACCAAAACAGAGAUUUAGAGACUGUAGAGCAGCUGAUCAGAGGAGGAGGAGGAGGAGGAGGAGGAGGAGGAGCAGGAGGUCUGAGUAGACCUGCUUCACCUGCUAACCCCCCGUCCCCGCUGACCCAAACAGAAACUCGUCCAUCUGGAUGGUUCUGAGGAUCAGAGUUUGUUUACGUUUGCAUGAAUGUGGGCGUGGCCUCACAGGUGGGUGUACCUGUAUCCAGGCUCCGCCUCUCUACGUCAGCAGGAACUCAGACAAACCCGGACUCAUGAGACCAGGACCCAGAGAAAAACUGCACCACAUACCAGUGGACCGGGCCUCAGUCUGAGUCCACUGAUCCCUCUCAGGCCUGCGGGACCCCGACCCAGAACCCCAACAGAGGCCAGACUCUGUGUAUAUAUCUAUAUAUCUAUAUAUCUACAUCUACAUAUGUGUGUAUUAAAAGAGAGAGAGAGUUUAUUUAGUACAUAACUAUGAUUUUUUUUAGUAUAUAAUAACUUUAGUAUAUUUAGUAAACUAAAGUUAUAAAGUUAUAAAUAUAUAAAUAUAUAAAUAUAAACGUCUCCUCUCUCUUCGCUGCAGGACAGAAAGACUUUUUUACUCUUGUGUAAAUAAUAAAUAACUUUUAUAGACAAUUGAAUUUCUCUUCAGGGAUCAAUAAAGUUCUUCUUAUUCUUAUAUAAUUAUGUUAUUUAUUAUAUUAUUAUCUUAGUUUAUUUAUUAUAUACUAACGUUAGUUUAUCAUAUAAUCAUGUCAGUUUGUUGUUUGGUGUUUUUUGUUACUUAUUGAUCUUCAUAAAUCUGAGCUCUGUUUGUUUUUACACUGAGAUCAGAAUUAAACUGUGUGUGUGUGUUUGUGUGUGUGUGUGUGUGUGUGUGUGUGUGUGUGUGUGUGUGUGUGUGUGUGUGUUCAGGGCGGUCUGGUAUCUGUCCUCUGAGGGUCCGAUCGUUGGGCUGAACAUCAUGUAAACUGAUGAUGUCAUAGUUUGGCACAACCCUCUGCUGUGUGUGUGUGUGUGUGUGUGUGUGUGUGUGUGUGUGUGUGUGUGUGUGUGUGUGUGUGAUGAACAUGCUACAGUGCCAUAUGAGGAGGUGGGGGGGUCAUGAUGAUUUCAAACUGACUCUGAGUUUGUGAUGAAGUCUCUUUACUGAAAUAAUCCUCAUGUUGUUUAUGAUGAUAGUCAGUGUGUUGUUGGUGUGUUUAUUAGUGCGUUGUCGGUGUGUUGUCGGUGUGUUGUCGGUGCGCUGUGGUCUCAUGAGGAGUUGAAGUGGAGGUCAGUCUCCGUCUGGGUGCAGACGGUUCAUUUCAACACUGAGUGACUUCUGCUGACAGUCAACACAGCUGGACUUCAUCAGUCACUCACACACCAACAGGACCAACGAGGACCAGGACCAACGAGGACCAGGACCAACGAGGACCAGGACCAACAAGGACCAGGACCAACGAGGACCAGGACUAGACCACACAGACCAGCUUCUGCCACAAAGACACAGAGUCUCAGAUCCUGAACCUGCAGCUAUAAAAACAUCUCUGACUACAUGAGCGUUCCUGAAAGUGGGUCAGUAGGUGAAGGAGGCAGUCAGAGCGGUCCGACCUGAAGCUCAGAGGAACCGGAGGAAUAAAAACUCUUCUCAUCAUGAUCUCGUCUUUAAAUUUAAUCAGAGUUUUUAAAAACUCUCAGACAUAACGUGUCUGCAGAUCCUCCUCCUAACCGCUGCUCCACAUCAGGAACUUUAAUUUAAUAAGUUCAUAAAUAAAUCAGUGUCCACAGUCACAUAUUUACAUAUUAAUUUUACAUUUUUGUACUUAUGAUCAUUUUUUAUUGUCUUUAAUAUUUCAGAGUUAUUAAAUAUAAACUUAUUUUAUCCUGAUAUCAGGGACCGCUCUCACUUUUAUUCUCUUCAUCCCUCUGUGAUGAUUUUGACCUCCUGAUGAAUCUGAUAUUUUCGCUGUUUUUCUCGUUUAUUUUCACGUGUAAUCUCAUGAACAUUAUUCGUCAUCACACUUCUCUUUCAUUCACUACAACGAUAGCAGCCUACGGGUCAAAUCAUACAUUUCCGACUUCUGUUACGUUGAUGUUAGUGUUAGAUUAGAUUAGAUUAGAUUUUCCUUUAUUCAUCCCUCAGUGAGGAAAUUAAGUUGUUAACAGCAGCGGUACACACAACAGACUCACACUCAGAACGGGUACAAAAACACAAAUAAAGAAGAUAAAGAUCGACAGUAAAAAAGAGGAAGAAAGAGCGGUGGAAGAAUUAAAGACAAGAAAGAGAAAAUAUAAAAGAGGAAAAGACAUCAGUGCCAACGAAACACAGGUGUGAUGAUGAUGAUGAUGACGAUGAUGAUGACGAUGAUGAUGAUGAUGAUGAUGAUGAUGAUGGUGAUGAUGAUGAUGAUGAUGAUGGUGAUGAUGUGAUGAUGAAGAUGAAGAUGAUGAUGAUGAUGAUGAUGAUGAUGAUGAUGGUGAUGAUGAUGAUGAUGAUGAUGGUGAUGAUGAUGAUGAUGAUGAUGAUGAUGAUGGUGAUGAUGAUGAUGGUGAUGAUGUGAUGAUGAAGAUGAAGAUGAUGAUGAUGAUGAUGAUGAUGAUGAUGAUGAUGGUGAUGAUGAUGAUGAUGAUGAUGAUGAUGAUGAUGAUGGUGAUGAUGAUGGUGAUGAUGAUGAUGGUGAUGAUGUGAUGAUGAAGAUGAAGAUGAUGAUGAAGAUGAAGAUGAAGAUGAUGAUGAAGAUGAAGAUGAUGAUGAUGAUGAUGAUGAAGAUGAUGAUGAUGAUGAUGAUGAAGAUGAUGAUGAUGAUGAUGAUGAUGAUGAAGAUGAUGAUGAUGAUGAUGAUGAAGAUGAUGAUGAUGAUGAUGAUGAUGAUGAUGAUGAUGAUGAUGAAGAUGAUGAUGAUGAUGAUGAUGAUGAUGAUGAUGAAGAUGAUAUUUCACAUGAUUAAUUAUCUUGACUGAGAUUCGAUCUUCAUCUCAGACUCUCACAGUAAAUGGAUAAACUGUCAUAAACGGAGCCUGAUGAGUCACUUUGAUACGUCGCUCCGUUAAAGACGAGAACUUUGGAGAACUUUGGAGCAGAGGUUAAAAACGGGGCGUGGAUCUGUCCUGCAAUGACCCACUUCAUCCAGCAGGGGCACAAAGAGGGUUCUGGAUCUGCUUCAGAAAGUUCGACUCAGCUGUGGGGUGUUAGUUUUUACACAGCUCUGUGGUCACAGGAGGAUCACAGGUGAGUUUCUGUCAGCCCCCUCAGGUCUGGGAUCAGGUCUGGGAUCAGGUCUGGGAUCAGGUCUGGGAUCAGGUGUGGGAUCAGGUCUGGGAUCAGGUCUGGGAUCAGGUCUGUGAGGAUCCGGCUCGUCCUGUCAGCUGAUUUGAAGACGGCGUUGUUGUUGGGACAGGAUGGAGGUCAGGGCAGGUGGAGGUCUCAGCUCCUCACAGGUCUCGGUCUGACCCCCCUCUGACUCUCAGUCCCUCUGUAGAUCAGACUGGGAUCCUCCCAGUGGGCCCAGUCUGCAGAGACCACCACAGACAGACGGACAGACAGACAGACAGACGGACAGAGAGACGGACGGACAGAGAGAGAGAGGAGAGAGGAAUGCUGUGAAUGAUGGGAGAAUAUUCAGACGCUACGCCGGCCGUCUGAUUGGCUGCUUCCCUCAGGGCCUGCCCUAUAAGGACUCAAGAGAGGGAGAGGAGGUGGAGGGGGAGGAGGUGGGGAGAGAGGGAGGAGGCCCGGGCCAUGUUUGGGAUGGAGGGAUGGAUGGAGGAGGUGGAGGGUUGAUAAACUCACUCGCUGCAGGUCAGACUCUCACUUCUGUCCUCCCCCCCCUGCACCGCCACGGUAAGACCUCCAUCACCUCCUCUGUUACCUCCUUAUCACCUCCUCCUGUUUGCUGCAGGAACCCUCUUUGUUCUCCUCCUGCUCCUCUUCACCUCCUUCUGAACUCCUCUCCUCUCAUCAUCAAAUCAAAAGUUUUCCAAAAGCUUCGAGCUCCUUCUGUCUCUUCUUUUCUCUCCUCCUCUCCUCUUCUCACUCCUCUCUGUAAACUUUCCUCUUCCUUUUUUUCUUCACCUCCUCUCCUGAAAAACUCUCCAAGCUUCAGAAUUUCCUCCUUAACCUCCUGCUUCACCUCCUCCUUCUUUUCACCUCUUCACCUCCUUUCUGCUCUCCUCCUUGCAAAAAAGGUGAAAUUGUUCAGAAGCUGCUGAGCCUCCUUCUUCUGACUCCUCUCAUCUUCUCCUCUGCCUCCUGAACCAUCUUCCCAUCACCUCCUUUCUCCUCUUCUACAUGCAGCACCUCCAUCUGUACAUCCUCUGCACCUCCUCCUCUCUGCUCCUCCUCUGCAUCAGACAUCAGAGUAAAUCCACAAAAGCUGAAAAAACCUUGUUGUCUGCUCCUCUUCAGAUCCAUCUCACCUCCUUUUUCACCUCCUUCACUUCUUUCUCUCCUCUUCUGUCCUCCUCCUUUCUCCUUCACCUCCUCUCCUUGUAUCUCCUUCUCCUCUCCUUCCAUUUUCAGAGUGUUUCCUCCCUCCUUCCUCUUCUCUGUUAGCUGACUUUAAUCUGCUCGUAAAGUCAAACACUCUCUUACCAAACUCCAUUUAAAUUUCUGCUGUUUUUAGUUUUGCAGUUUUCUGUCGGUCUGCUGAGUCUGAGUUCGUUUCUUCUUCAGUUUCUGUGAUUCAGAGAUAAAUCUGUGAACAGAAACUCUGUUGAGGACAGAGUCGAGUCUCCUCCACCUGAGCUUAGAUGUUUCAGACUCUGUUUCUACUCUGACACAUUUACACUAAAAUUUCACUUUUUCUCACAGAGGUUUGGUUUAAUCUGGCAGGUGUUGAGGUGUGUUUGAUUUCUUUGUCUGGGUGCUGAGUUGAAGCGUUUGCUGCCUGAUUUGAAACUUUCCGCCCUGAGUGCAGACUGGCAGGAGUGUCGGCAGGUUCAGAGCAUCAUCUUCAUCAUCUUCAUCUUCAUCAUCAUCAUUCACUGAUUAUGUUGAGCUUCCAACUUGACACAGUUCAGGCAAAUUCAGUCCAAACUACAGGAGCCCAGAGGAGUGGUUAGAUGUGAGAGUAAAGUCGUCCUGUAGUCCUGCAGAUGAAGCUCUGUGUAGGAUGUUGACCCUACGGUAGUUUAAAUUGACCUAAAUAAACCCGAGUACAGAGUGACCUCCAUCCAACACUCCUGAAACAUUUACUAACGUGAAGUUUCUCGGACUCGUCAGGUGACCUCUAUCGACCUGUGACAUCAGAGAAAGUUCAGGUAGAAACCAAAGAGCACACCUGAGGUCCAGACGUGUCAAAGAGUGCUGUAACAUUUAACCUGCUGUCUCCUAUCUAACCAGCAGGGGGCAGAACGACAGCGAAACAUUCAUUUAAAACAAGAACAAGUCAUAAUUCAGGUGUGAACGUUUGUGUAAAAAUGUUUGUCAGGAGAGGAGAAGACGACGACGAUGACGAUGAAGACGAUGAUGACGAUGAAGACGACGAUGAUGAUGAUGACAGGUUAAUCCGAGACUAAAAAAUAAAAUUAAAAAAACACAAAAAUGAAGCAUCGAAAAAAUGUUCAAAUUAAAAUAAACGAUGAGCUUCAAAAAUCAGAAAUAAACCCGAGUAACAGUUUGAGAGGAGACACUAAUGCGCUAUCGUCAUAGAAACAGGUCAGCUGAUCCACAAAUCUACGACUUAAUUUUGACUUUAAUAAUUUCUGUGACAGCUUCAUUAAAAUAACACCUUUAAUUCGUUUUAACUUUUGUUCAUGUUUCUUAUUGGACAGACCCCCAAACAUCAGAGGCUGAGACCCUUCGCUGAGUUCUCCUUAAAGACAGAACUGAGGGCAGAAUAAACCCACACUCUCUCAGGCUCCUGUCAGGCUCCACAAAAUCAGAUAAAUAUUUGAUUCCCAAAUUUAAUGUCUAAAUAUGGUCUACAGGCGUCUCUGACUCCCAGUGAGGGAGAGAGAGAGAGGGAGGCAGGCCGGGGGGGAGAGGGCGAGUGAUGGGGGAGAGGGCGAGCGAGGCAGAGUGAGCAGAGGGGAGAGAGAGCAUACCAAACACAGUCAGGACUCUGCUCCAUGCCCUAAUUAGGAAGUUUUCCCAGAGUGCUUUGUUGUUCAUUCAGAGGAGAACAGUAGUGGGGGGGUGGGGGUGAGGGUGGGGGGUGAUGUCACUGCUGUCACGUGAAAACCUCACAACUCCAAGUUUGGUGAUUUAAAGGGUGAGGUUGGAGGAAACUCGGACUUACGAGGUUUUAACACUGAUGUUCAGUCUGUGUGUCAAUGAGUCUGCUGCUGAGGAAACCUCGUAUCUCCACUGCUUUUAUUUAACACUUUAAUAAUAAUUAUAAUGAUAAUAAUUAUAAUAAUAAUAUUAAUGAAGGACAAAAGUCUGUGGACAGCCUCACCUGGAGAAAGUUCUCGAUAACCACCUCUUUCUCUCUCUCUCUCUCUCUCUGUCAGUGUGUCAGAGUGUCGUCGUUGCUCGCCCACAGCGCCCCCUGCAGUCAUGUGUGAUGAUGAGGAGAGCACCGCGCUGGUCUGUGAUAACGGAUCAGGUCUGUGUAAAGCCGGGUUCGCCGGAGACGACGCCCCCAGAGCCGUCUUCCCCUCCAUCGUGGGCCGGCCCAGGCACCAGGUGACACCUGAUUGGUCCAUGCUGACAGGCUAACGCUGAUUUAGUAACUAGAGGCCUUUAACUAAAAACAGACUGAACUAUAACUCAGGAGGAGUCCAUGUGGUCUUUAUAAUCCACUAACAGAGGCUCUGAGACCGCCACAGGGGUUCAGUUUGAAGUUCGAGUCUGGACCUGGACUUUCCUCUUGGAGGUCCUGGACUCUGCAUCCUCCGCUCUAAAGAGUAGAGGGACCAACGAUUCAUAAAUCAAUGAUAGAUGACUCACACACGCUGUAAACCAAUGGAGACAGACAUCUGAGCAUGGCGGCCAUCUUACUACAGUCAGCUCGCCCUCUCCUAACAUUCCAGUCUACAUCCAUGUAACAUUUAAAUAAUCAUAGAUUGAUUAAUUUAAAUAACCAGAUUGAUUAAUUUAAAUAACCAUAGAUUGAUUAACUUUACACCGAUUUUCAGAGUUUCAGUUCCUGCAUACUCAAGAAUAAUUGUCACCAUGGAUUUACAUAAAUAAACAUUAAACAGAUAGAGUUAUAGUUAUAGAUCUACACACACAAGGCAGUUAUAUUAAAUCAUAUAUUUAAUUAUUCCAUGUCUGUUAUAUUAGUAAUAUUUCUAUUACCGGGAUAACUAUAAUAACAUAUAACAAUAACUUAUAUAAAUAUUUAUUUUCAAUAUAAAUUUCUGUCCAUUAUUAAUUAAUGAAAAUAAUUGAUCAUAAUUUCAUUGCUUGUUAAUAGUAAAGUCACUUUCAUUAAUAAACUAUUUGUCAUUGAUAAUUGGUCUAUAUGCUGUUUUUAAAUGAGGAUUAAAUAUUGAUCAUUUAUAAAUUCUGGUUUUUAAAAAGUGUUAUCGUUAAAUCUUCAUAUCUGAGCUCGUCGUCACUCACUCAGCAUUGACCUACAGCUGUAAAUGACUCCGCCCUCUCCUGUCGUGGUUCAGAAGGGUUUCCUCUCCGUUAGUUGGUUCUGGUCUGAACGGUUCUGACCCGUCUUGUUGUCCUGCUCACAGGGAGUGAUGGUGGGUAUGGGGCAGAAGGACAGCUACGUUGGAGACGAGGCUCAGAGUAAACGAGGAAUCCUGACCCUGAAGUACCCCAUCGAACACGGCAUCAUCACCAACUGGGACGACAUGGAGAAGGUCUGGGACCCGCUCACACACCCUCUCUGUUCUGUCGUUAUUGAUCCUUACCGAUCACUCUGAUCAUGUUUCUCUGCGCUGUGAUUGGUCAGAUCUGGCAUCACUCCUUCUACAACGAGCUGCGAGUGGCUCCAGAGGAACAUCCCACCCUGCUGACCGAGGCCCCCCUCAACCCCAAAGCCAACCGUGAGAAGAUGACACAGGUGAGCUGACCCACCUGUGAACCCUUCACCUUUGACCUUUCAGUGACCAGGCAGAGGCUCAGGUCGUCUGAAUGUCUGUUUUUGUCUCUGUGGUUUAACCCUUUUAUGCCGAUUGUGUCAAAUUUGAUAAAUACUUUUAUAAACUUCUAUCAGAUCAAUAAAAUCAACAAAUCACUAAAAAAACACCUGAAAACAGCCGAUCAAUGAUAAAAAUGUCCUCUUUUAGUUUAUCAGUUUACAAAAACAUCUCAAGUAUCAAAGCAGAUCAAUAAAUAUAUUUGUUGAAUUUUAACGACAUUUUGAUUCAAAGUCAAAUAAACAUUUCAGCCAAAAAAAAAAGAAAGAAUUUUCUGACCAUAAUUUGUGUUUUCAGGCAUUAAAAGGUUUAAUUGAUCGAAAAUCAUUCAGUUUCUGAUCUGAGCACCUUUUCACUUUAAACAGAGCGAAAUAAAACUGACCUGGACUAAAAUCAUACCUGUGUAUACAUGAAUAAACACAAAUAUAUCAUUCAACAUAUGUACAAAUAAACCUAUAUAUAUAUAUAUAUAUAUAUAUAUAUAUAUAUAUAACCUGUUAAUAAUUCAACUUAUUUAUAAUAAAUAGUAUAUACCUGCAUACAGUUAAGGCUGUGUAUAAAUGAACACAGAUAAUUUAUAAACAACAUUUAUAAACUUUUAAAUUUAUAUAUAACCAAAGCUUCUGUUCAUUAAACCUUUAUAUAAUUAAUCCUUCGUAUAUAUUUAACCUAAAUGAACCCAUACAUAAAUAAAACUACAUAUAAUUAAACAUUUAUACCAACAAACCUUUAAAAUUAACCUACAUAAAUUAAUGUACCUAUAUAUAAUUAAACCUAUAAGUGAAUUAACCUUUAUUCAAAUGACCCAGCGCAGAGUUAAACCUACUUAUAUAUAUAUAUAUGAAUGAUUCUGUACACAUGUGAAUGAAUAUUUCAUGUUUAUAUACUUAAUAUUAUACGUUGAUAUUUUGCCUCGAACCACAAAUUAAGGUCAGAAAAUCUAAACAAUUGUUUUCACUGAAAUGUUUAUUUGACUUCCUACUGAAAACCAAAAAAAUCAAAAUGUCCUUAAAAUUAAAAAUAAAAAUUAAAAAUAUUUAUUUAUCUGGUUUGAUACUUUAGAUGUUUUUGUAAACUGAUACAAAAACUACAAGAGGACAUUUGAUCAUUUAUCGACUGUAUUCAGGUGUUUUUUUUAGUUAUUUGUUCAUUUAUUUGUUAAAGUAUAAUCAGUUUAAAUCAAAUAUGACACAAAAGGCAUUAAAGGGUUAAAUAUAAAUAUCAAUAAAGCAGAUGGGUUCGUGUCCUUGUCGUUAAAUGUCAUGGAUACGGACAUCAGCUGGUUCUGAUUGGUCCACUCUUGAAUACAGAGAAGCAUUAAAGCUGCUGAGGAGACAGAUGUUCCCUCAGGCCAAGGUCAAAGGGUCAAAAACAGUCAUGUGACCGACGUGACGAGUCACUAAUUCAGAGUUCUGUGUUUGUGAGCAGAUCAUGUUUGAGACCUUCAACGUUCCCGCCAUGUACGUGGCCAUCCAGGCCGUCCUCUCGCUGUACGCCUCUGGACGAACCACAGGUUGGACCACACUACCACUACCACCACUACUACUACAUCUCCUCUUCCUCCUCUUCCUCCUCUUCUUCCUUCUUCUCCUCCUCAGCUCAGAUCUAUCAGCCUGUACUUCUUCAUCAGCUAACAGUUUAGAGGAUGUUUCUCAAACUCCGAUGAAAAGAUCUGAACGAUUUACAGAGAGACUGAGACCAUGACUGAGACCAUGACUGAGGUUCUGGUCUAACGUGGACACCUGUCUUCCUGUCCCUGUUCAGGUAUCGUCCUGGACUCUGGUGAUGGCGUCACCCACAAUGUUCCCAUCUACGAGGGUUACGCUCUUCCUCACGCCAUCAUGAGGUUGGACCUGGCGGGUCGCGACCUCACCGACUACCUCAUGAAGAUCCUGACGGAGCGCGGCUACAGCUUCGUCACCACUGGUAAGACUCCGCCCACAUCUUUAAAUGUCAGGUACCGCGGCGUGUCUCUGACGGUGUGUGUGUGUGUGUGUGUGUGUGUGUAGCUGAGAGAGAGAUCGUGCGCGACAUCAAGGAGAAGUUGUGUUACGUCGCUCUGGACUUUGAGAACGAGAUGGGAACAGCCGCCACUUCGUCUUCUCUGGAGAAGAGCUACGAACUUCCUGACGGACAGGUCAUCACCAUCGGAAACGAGCGGUUCCGCUGCCCUGAGACGCUCUUCCAGCCUUCAUUCAUUGGUCAGUACACCUGUCCGUCAUACACCUGCCUGUUUGUCACUGUUCACUCACCUGGCCGCCCCCCCCUCAGGUAUGGAGUCGGCUGGAAUCCAUGAGACCACCUACAACAGCAUCAUGAAGUGUGACAUCGACAUCCGUAAAGACCUGUACGCCAACAACGUGCUGUCAGGAGGAACCACCAUGUACCCGGGUAUCGCUGACCGUAUGCAGAAGGAGAUCACCGCUCUGGCCCCGAGUACGAUGAAGAUCAAAGUAAGAACCAGACACAUCGUACCGUUCCGAUUAAAUUCAGAUAUGAUGCAGAUAAAUCCUUCAGAUCAUUACAAAUGGGGCCCAGUCAAGGUGAAAGUCAAAAGCAUUGGUGCUACUGUAGAUGCCAACAGACUACCAGCAAACACAAUGUUUGCAGGACUUCUACAACGAGGAUAAAGUGACAUAGUCCAGGACCCGAGGGAGGACAGUUUAGCGAUGGCGCUACAACACGCUACAGCAGGUCCGUUUGACAAGAAACACUUCUGUUACAGACACUUGUCUUACUUUGUUAAAGCGGUUUACCUGUCCAGCAGAAAGGUUACAGGGUCACCAAGAUCCCCAAGCGUCCCCCAUCCUUUAUGUUGACCCGGCUUUUUAGCUCUUGUCCGGUCUACCUCCGUUUUAAGCGCCCGUUAUUCCUCCAGAGUCUCCGGUAUUUACUUUGUUUUCUUGCUUGUGUCGGCAGUCGUGGCCAAAGGAGGAUUCCGACAAUUUUCCGAACUUUCUGGUUGGUUUCUACUGUCCGAUAUUGUAGCACGCUAACUUUGUUUGGGCUCCUGAACGACACGGGGGAGCAGCGUCUGCCUCACAACCAAUCAGGUUAGAGGAGGUGGAGAACGGCUUUGUUUACAGUCAGAAAGAGCGGACCGCUCAAAAAUGUUCAAAUGUUGACGACACAGACAGAAGAGAACACAGAGAUAUCAAUAUAUUACCAAAUAAUCAAUAACUAAUAACUAUUGACUGAUAUUAGAAGAUUUUCUGUUUAUAAACAAAAUAAUAAGAUGCUUCUUUAACAGAUUCAUAACGACCCGACCUUUAACUCCGACAUAAACCUGUAUUAUCAUUAUUAUUAUUAUUAUUAUUAUUACUGAUCGUUUCCUUUGAUUCCUCACCAGAUCAUCGCCCCGCCUGAGAGGAAGUACUCGGUGUGGAUCGGCGGCUCCAUCCUGGCCUCCCUCUCCACCUUCCAGCAGAUGUGGAUCAGUAAGCAGGAGUACGACGAAGCGGGACCCUCCAUCGUCCACCGCAAGUGUUUCUAGAAAGGUCCCCGUGGGUCUCCACCUUCUUCCUCCCCCACCCUCGCAUCAUUGUCUUCAUGUAGCCCGCACUGAGCACCAGCUAACAGGCCCCGGAUCAGCUCCACACAGACGUCCAAUCAGAGGCAGGAGGUGGUCACACUUCGGGGGUAAAGCCUCACCCCAUUGGUUCCUGACAGACGGUUAAAAUCGUGAUGUCGUUGAUAUUUGAACCUUUAUUUGUAAACUCAGAGUUAACGCUAACAUCCUCCGUCUCUGCUCACUGAAAACUGUGAAUGUGGCGCUCGUCCUCCAUCUUUACCCCUUACUUCUCCACCUCUGGCCCCGCCCCUUGUUAUCACACGUGGCCCCGCCCCCUCUGUCCUCCAUGUUGUUUCUUUGUCUUGUCAAAGUGUGUUUUUAUUUUUGAUGAAUAAAGCUUGAAUGUUUCCCGCUGGUGUUAUCUUCCAUGGUCGGGGGUUAGAGCACAUUCACACGGCGUUACGAUGAUGAUGAUGUCACACAGUGUAUGAUGAUGAUGAUGUCACAAGUGGUGCGGCGGUCCGCAGUAUGAGCAUGUAAAGAGGCGAAGCAGCAGGUGUGUGAUGUGAACAUGGAAGAGACAGACGAUCGCCCCAGGACGACAAUAAAGAGCUCUCAUACAAGA